UCGAAGGGAAACUUUGCCUCGGGGAAAAAAAGUCUUUCUUCUCCACGUCGCUGCGAACUAAGGGGGAUUAGAUAGCAGAAAUUGUGAUAAAAACAGGCUUUUUUGACUCCUAAGAAACACAAAAUGAGCGGGGAGAAGGAACCUUUCUGCCGUGCAGCGGGGCGGGCUCUACAACGCACCAAUCACCGCGCGGCUCCUCUCUAUAAAUACGAGGCCGCUGACUUGCGCCAGGCCCAGUGGUUUUCCCUGAUUCGUGGACGGAGCCUGCUAUUAUGUCGGAGACCGCGCCUGUUGCCGCUCCUGCUGUCUCUGCGCCCGGCGCAAAGGCCGCCAAGAAGCCGAAGAAAGCGGCGGGCGGCUCCAAAGCCCGCAAGCCCGCGGGCCCCAGCGUCACCGAGCUGAUCACCAAGGCUGUGUCUGCUUCUAAGGAGCGUAAGGGGCUUUCUCUCGCUGCUCUCAAGAAGGCGCUGGCCGCUGGCGGCUAUGAUGUGGAGAAGAACAACAGCCGCAUCAAGCUGGGGCUUAAAAGCCUCGUCAAUAAGGGUACUUUGGUCCAGACCAAGGGCACCGGCGCUUCCGGGUCUUUCAAGCUGAACAAGAAGCCGGGUGAGACAAAGGAGAAGGCAACUAAGAAGAAGCCGGCAGCCAAGCCCAAGAAGCCAGCAGCCAAGAAGCCUGCCAGCGCUGCCAAGAAGCCCAAGAAAGCUGCAGCUGUGAAGAAGAGCCCCAAGAAGGCCAAGAAGCCAGCAGCUGCUGCAGCCAAGAAAGCAGCCAAGAGCCCCAAGAAAGCAGCCAAGGCAGGCCGGCCCAAGAAGGCAGCAAAGAGCCCUGCCAAGGCAAAAGCAGUGAAGACCAAAGCAACCAAGCCUAAGGCGGCCAAGCCUAAGACAGCCAAGGCAAAGAAGGCGGCACCCAAAAAGAAGUAA